GGAAACGUGUCAAAGCUCAUUCAGGUACUGAAACGAACACACGUAUACAGCGCAUUGUCGACCCAGCCAUGAGGACGCUGUGUUUCCUUCUGACGCUUUUUGCGGUGGGCUUAUUGCCCUGUUCGUCUGCUUGCCCAAAGUACUGCUACUGCGACAGUUACGAAAAAGAUGAAUAUUCUGUGAGGUGCAAUGGUGCCAACAUAACUGCCAUCCCACGGGAUAUUCCAAAGAACACAACAAUGUUGGAUAUCAGUUUCACCCCAAUCACCAUGCUACGGAAAGGAGACUUCGUUGAUAUGCCCAAACUCAAACAGUUGAACGUCUGGUGGAACCUCAACCUGACCAUGGUCGAACUGGGAACCUUCGACAAUCUACCAACCAUCACGUCACUCGGACUGUUCAAUAACUCUUUCACCAAGCUACCGACCGGACUGUUCGACAGCUUGAAGAACCUGAAGACUUUUGACGCUCACAACAGUAAGCUGGAGAUGAUCCAACACGGUCUAUUUACCGACCAUCCUACCCUACAAGAGAUCAGACUAUUCUUCAACAACAUUGCCGAGCUGGAAAGUGCCGCUUUUGGUGGCCUUCCUCACCUGACCUCCUUGUAUCUCAGUUCCAACAGCCUGACGUCUCUUAACCCGUCCGUCUUUAAGGGUUCACCUAAACUGAAGUCCUUGAAUGUUGGCGAUAACGCGAUCACCGCUAUUGGUAAAGAUGCCUUUGCCGGCUCCAACUUCGAGACAUUGUACCUCAGUAGAAAUGCCAUCAAUACCGUAGAUGUCGACGCCUUUUCCCAUCUCAAAGGCCUUCAGUCUGUUUCCCUGGAUCAAAACAACAUCAAAGAUCUAAAAGGCGUCUUUAAAGACCUUCCUCAACUUCAGUCUGUUUCCGUGUAUGGUAAUCAACUCACUAGCAUCGAAGGUGUCUUCCAAAACCUCCCCAAACUUGACAGUCUUUCGUUGAAUGGAAAUCAAAUCUCCAAAAUCAGCAGCACCACAUUCGACGGUGUCUCGGCGAUAACCUCACUGAGCAUCAGCAGUAACGUCAUUGAAGAGGUUGAAAGCGGGGCUUUUCGAAACCUUGAUAGCCUUCAGACAAUUUACAUUGACAACAACCAGAUUCCAGAAAUCUCUUUGGCAGGCUUGCAGUCCCUCAUGACUCUUUACAUUGACUCCAACAACCUGCAGAGUUUCCCCACCAACCUGGAAGAUGCCAACCAGCUGGAGUCCCUAUCUUUAAACAACAAUCCAAUCAAGGAACCGCUGGAAGAGCAGUUCUCAGUUCUACACAGACUGUCCAGUCUGUAUCUGUCUAACAUCACCAGUCUGAAGUUGGCGGGGACACUGCAUCCUAAAGCGCUGUGUGGCUCUGAAGCCCUUGACGAUGUGUGGCUGAAUAACAAUGGACUGGCUUCCAUCCCGCCCACAACCUUCGAGUGCACACCGUUCAUAUCCACAAUAUGGCUUUCGAACAAUAACCUGACAGAACUGAGUCCCCGCUUGUUCCAUGGUCUGACAGAGUUGAAUUGGAUAGAUCUGUCCGACAACCAACUGAGCCACCUGGACCCUGACACGUUUAUGGGUCUUGAUAAGCUCAGGUCUCUUUCUCUGAGUGGAAACAACUUCACCAACAUGGCACAUGUAGCUCCGGCAAUAGCGAACCUUCCCAUUCUACUGUACCAGACCCUGGACGAUAACCCGUUUGUCUACCUUGGUCACGACUCCUUCGCAAUGCCUAUGAAGCAUGUGAACUCGUUUUCUGUAUCUAGCACACACAUUCGUAUCAUAGAAGAGGGAACUUUUUCCCACGUUACAUUCCCCAAUCUGACUCGGUUGGAACUUGAGCAGGACGAUUCCUUGCACUUCUUGCCAGGCAAUAUGUUGGACGGCCUCGACAACCUCACGGCCAUGAUCGCGUAUGACGAUCCUUUCCACUGUGACUGCCAGCUCAAGGCCUUCAUCACCUGGCUACGUGAACGAGUCAACCCUCCGUACGUGAGCGCGACUUGCGCCAGCCCGCCGAGUCUAAAGGGCAAAGACCUGACGGACGUUCCCCUGGCCAGUCUGACGUGUGACUGCCAACAGGUGGAAGUUCCUUCAAUCGAUACGAGUGGCAGUGAUAACUUCACCCGUGAGGGUCAGACCGCCAUGCUGAACUGUAAGGUCUCAGGCUGUCCUGAAGCCGAGUUUUUCUGGACCACCCCAACCGGAGCCAUGUUGGCUGUGGAGUCGGGGUUCCCUAGGAUGGAGGUACUGGACAGCGGUACCCUGGUGGUGUCAGACGCGAGGGAAAGGGAUACAGGGGUGUACACAUGUACCGCUGUCAACUACCGCGGGAAGGCCAGCAAGGAAGUGGCUCUGCAUGUGGGAAACAACAGCCGCUGAAAUGCAGUCAAAUGAUCUGUAGAACUGUAGACACUAGCUUGCUGACACUUGAAAUGCACUCAAUAGAAACUUUCCGAAUGAUAAAUUAUCAUGUUCAUCAGUAAGAGUGAUAUUGAUAAUGGGAUGAUCAUUUUACCACAUUAUUUCAUACCCAUGACAUUUAAAAGCACUGGAAUUCACAAUGUAGUUCCCCUAAUUUCAGGUGGAGCAAACAAAUUUGCCGUGGCAGCAUGUCAAUAAACUGGCAGCUUUUGUAUAAGAUCAUAUCA